UUUUUUUUGUUAGAAGAAAAAAUAAAAAAUAAUAAGAAAGGAAAUGUUGUAUUAAUAUAUGAAUUAUUUGGUGAAAGUCUUUUUACUAACUUGGUUAAAAGUAGAAGAGAACCAAUAUUAAAAAAUAGGUAUGCAAAAAAAAAAAAAAUUAUAUAUGAUAGUUUAAAUUUACUAAUAAGGUUACAUGAUGCAGGUUUAACUCAUUUAGAUUUUACUCCUGAAAAUAUAUUAAUAUCAGAAAAUAAUGAAUUAAGAUUAUGUGAUUUAGCUAAAAGUACUCCUAUAUAUACAAGAAAGUUAAGACAUGUCCAAGAAACUAAAGGUUUAUGUUUAUUUGAAUCUUGUGUACCUACUGUUGGUAAAUCUGCUUAUAUGCCACCC